AUGUUCUCUUCUUCGAAACCCUACACGGCUGUUACGGUCGACAUCGAACGAUUGACAAGUGAGACAUUCGCCGAAGACGAUCUCAGCGGUAUCCCCCAGCUUAUCGAAGCCAUCAACCUCCAGGCUUCGGGCCCAACCGAGGCUGCCCGUGCCAUUCGCAAGAAACUCAAAUAUGGAAACCUGCACCGCCAGCUCCGAGCCCUGACCAUCCUCGAUGCUCUGAUUCAGAAUGCCGGUGCCCGCUUCCAGCGCUCCUUUGCGGAUGAACCCCUCCUUGAGCGCUUGCGCUUUUGCGGUACCGCCGAGUUGUCGGACCCCUUGGUGAAGAAGAAGUGCUCCGAAUUGUUUCGCAGCUGGACUGCCUACAAGAGCACUCCCGGCAUGGAGCGCGUCGCGAACCUCUACAGGGAACUUCCCCGUCGCAAGCAAGUCGUCACCCAAGAAAAGUCAAAGGUACUUAAGGAGACCGAGAACCCUUUUGGCGAAGACGAGGAGGAGGAACGUCAGCCAUCAGCAAGCACCUCAGCUGCCCAGGCCCACUCAUCAAUCGCACAGCCAGCUUCCUCGUCAUCGCAUAGGCCGACGGUAUCCAGUUCCAGCGGCCAUGGUCACUCCUUCAGUCGAUCCGGCAAGGACAAGUCAAAGAAGAGCAGCAGCAAAUCCAAGAAGCACAGGCCGUUCAACCUCGAAGCCGAAAAGGAUCAGAUGACCAGGACUAUCGCCGAGGCGUCCAUUGCCUCCACAAACCUGAUGAACACUUUGCAAUCCAUCAAUCGAGAGAAGGAGCGCAUUUCGGAGAACUCGACUGCAGUGGAGCGUUUCGAAAAGUGCAAAAUGCUUAGAAGGAACAUCUUGAGAUAUAUUCAACACGUCGAAUCCGAACAAUGGCUAGGAGGCCUUCUACAUGCCAACGAUGAACUCGUCCAAGCGCUCAUGACUUUUGAGCAGCUGGACCGCUCUAUUGACGCGGACAGCGACUCGGAUGACGAUCUCGCUGAACAAGCACAUCUUUAUCGGAUGGCAACUGAAAAAGCUGCCAAAGCCAAAGAAUCCGGCGGUAGCGUACCCGGCAGUCCCCGCGCCCCCGUUGCGGGCAUGGCUGGGCUCAGCAUCACCAACACCCCUGCGAGCCCACCACCAAUGCCUCCUCGUCCUGCGCCACCUCCCCGACCGUCUGCGGCUUCGAAGCCCUCAAUGCUGAAGCCGCCUACAAGAAGGGUGGAACCGUCCGAUGACGAGGAUAGUGAGGUGGAUGAGGACGAGAACGAUCCGUUUGCUGACCGGAAUGCUGUCUCGACCCCUAAGGUGGAGAGUGACGAGCCCAAGUGGUCGUAG